UGACUCCUUCAAACCAACCCUACUCGCAGAGGAGUCUAUAGUGCGCAUUAGGCUGCUCAGCGCAUUAUCGACGUGGAGCAAGAGAAUGCCCUAGAAGUUCUCGCACAGUUGUCGCAGAAUUUUCCCCUUCAUGCAAGAUCUUUGUCACAACAAGCCGUACUACAGGAAGUGCGUGAAGAAAUAGAGCUUAACCAGAAGGAUUACCUAUCAGAAGCAGGUAAGAAAAAAUGCCUUUUUGACACUGCACUAAAAUAA